AUGAUUGAGAAAAUGAAAGGACACAAGAGAGACUCGGAUUUCGUGAUUUCAAAACUCGACUUCUCAAAUCUCGAGAUUGACAACUUGAGUGUCGAAGGCGGAAUGAACACACUAAAGGGCUUUGAAUUAUUAGGGAAUGGUGAAAAGUUACUUUCCGUUCUUAGACCCGUCUCAGUCUCGUCACAGAUCUCCUCCCCUGUGACGAGACAGUGCCAAGUGGAGGAGAGAAGACAGAACACAGUGAUGGAGAGUUCCAGUCGCGUUUGCGAGAGUAGGUUCGGAGCCAUGACAACCGCCGCAGCAACAACCACUACGACGGCCACUGCUUGCAACGGCUCCAUUUUUAGAGACUCAGAUUUUAUUUUUAAUGAUGACUCAAAGCGCGACGAUAAUAAUAAUAAACGCAAUCUUAAAGACAUUUUGGGGUUGGAACAACUGGAAGAAGAACGAGAAGAAGAGGUCAAAAUAGAGGAGAUCUGCAUCGAGGAGCACCCACAGCCUCAGAUGCAGAUCGUACCACAAGUUCCAGAGGUGCAACAAUUCCAGCAAAUCCCGCAGAUGCAAAUUAUUCCGGAGAUGCAGAUUCAGGAUUGCGGGUGCUGGGGUGAUUGUUGUUAUUAUUAUUACCCAUGCCAAGAAAUUGUUUAUGAGCAAGCUGAGCUUAGUCAGAACGGAGAAGGAUUGAAUGAGAACAAGAGCGCCUUGGUUGAGGGCUUCUUGCAUCAUUCGUCCUCCUCUCAGUCCUUUGAGAAUGGAUUCCUCCAAUCUACUGUCUUCGACUACUGGAAGUAG